AUGAGAACACCAGAUGGAUGGUUAUCUGAACAAACGCAUCCAUUGAAUUUGAGCAAACAUCGCAGGUUUUCUAAAGUUCAUGGUAUCACGUUUAAUAUGGAAACGGGGGAAAUUAAUUUUUUAUUUCAGCCUGAAUGUGUAAUAAGUAAGGACGGAUUAUUCGAUGUGAAUGAUGUUAAGGAAGUUUUAGCUAAUGACAUAACAAGUUCAACAUUUACAUUGGAUCCACCGAACUCUGAAUGUAGAUGGCAUCCAUUUCAAGAAAUGAAAUAUACACCGAGUGCUUUGUCGAACACAAAUUAUAAGAAUACAUUACUGUACGCAGGUUAUUUGCUGAAAAUGAUAUCUACAGACAUAGAAGUUUGUUCCAAACCGCCAUUUCAAAUGCGUCAAAUAUCAAAUGGUUUCAUGAAACGGCUGCCAGAAUGGCUACAAAAUAAAUUAAAACCAAUAAAUAAUAAGCUUAAAUUGGACAAUUUACAUAGAUUUUGGAUAGAAGCUCAAAAGAUAACAUAUCAAGCUGAUUCUAAUAAAAAUCGUCAUUCUAAUAUUCUAACAUAUUAUCUUGGAGAUGUAAAAAUGUAUGUUAAAACACAAUUAAUGCAAUAUGAUGAAAAAGGCCAUGUAAUCGGUGACACAAAUGACCAAUCUAAUUCCAAUGAUUUGGUAGAUGAUUCGCCGGAAGCUCACUUUGCUAGAACAUUUACAAAGUAUUAUGAUCAAAUUGGAUUAUAUUUUCCAGAAUUAUUAAGACUGAAAGAAUUACUACAAUUAUGA